AUGAUCAUUAAUAUUUCUAUUCAGAUCUUAUUACGAAAGUCUUUUAAAAUAUCCAAUGGGAUAGUGAGUAUCGUUCGAGAUGAAGUUAAAAAAUAUUUUGGAAAUCAGUAUCGUCAUAUUCAUAUGUGGAUCCCAAAUGGCGAAUAUAUUAAAAAAUUAGAAUAUCCGCGAGCUUUGCCGGUUGAUGAUGUAAAAUGGAAAUUUCCGUGGCAAGCGGAAGAUGACGAUGAUGAAAAAGGAGAGAAAGUGGAAAAUAUGCGAAUUAAUUUUGGUCCUCAACAUCCUUCAGCUCAUGGAGUUUUACGUUUGAUAUUGGAAUUGGAGGGUGAAUUGGUUAAAAAAGUUGAUCCACAUAUUGGACUUUUGCAUCGUGGUACAGAGAAACUAAUAGAAAAUAAAACAUAUGUACAAGCUUUACCUUAUUUUGAUCGUUUGGAUUACAUUUCGAUAAUGUGCAAUGAAGAAUGUUACAGUUUAGCUGUCGAAAAGUUGUUAAAUAUAGACGUACCUUUACGUGCCAAAUACAUUCGGGUGCUUUUUGGAGAAAUAACCCGAAUAUUUAGUCAUAUUAUGUCAAUAUCAACACAGGCACUGGAUAUAGGUGCAAUAACUCCUUUUUUUUGGUUUUUUGAAGAACGUGAAAAAAUAAUGGAAUUUUUUGAAAGAGUGAGCGGUGCACGUAUGUUUGCAGCUUAUGUGCGCCCUGGUGGUGUAGCUUUUGAUUUACCCUUGGGUUUAUUAGAUGAUAUUUAUCAAUGGGCUAGUUUAUAUUCUGAAAGACUUGAUGAAAUAGAAGAUUUAUUGACUGAAAAUCGAAUUUUUAUUCAACGCUUGAAGGAUAUUGGUACAAUAUCAGCUAAAGAUGCAUUAAAUUCUGGAUGCAGUGGAGUAAUGUUACGGGGAUCUGGUAUUGAAUGGGAUUUGAGAAAAAUUGCACCAUAUGAUGCGUAUGACUUAGUUGACUUUGAUGUACCUGUGGGUGUAAAUGGAGAUUGCUAUGAUAGAUAUCUCAUACGCAUUACGGAAAUGCGUCAGUCACUUAGAAUAAUUUAUCAAUGCCUAAAUCAAAUUCCAUGCGGUGAAGUGAAAUGUGAUGAUGUCAAAAUUGUACCGCCAAGCAAGAAAGAAAUGAAAACCAGUAUGGAAGCACUUAUCCAUCACUUCAAAUUAUUUUCACAAGGUUUUCAAGUACCACCGGGUGCUACAUAUACAUCCAUUGAAGCGCCAAAGGGUGAAUUUGGAGUUUAUCUUGUUAGUGAUGGUAGCUCUAAACCAUAUCGAUGUAGACUUAGAAGUCCUGGUUUUGCUCAUCUAGCAACAUUGAGAUUCAUUGGACCUGGUUAUUUGCUGGCAGAUAUUGUUGCUAUUCUUGGUACAUUAGAUAUAGUAUUUGGUGAUGUAGAUAGAUGA